UGAAAAUAUGCGUCACGAAACGAGGUGUGAAGGGUUGCACUUCCACGAUUGGCUCAAUAAUUGUGCGUUGUUCCGAACCAGCCCCUGGACGCACAGGGAAAUUAGUGCCAAUCUUGUGUCUGCCGGAAGAAAGCAGGUCCUUGCAGACCUUCGGUUACCGUUUGGAAAAAAGGUGCUAAAGAAACCAGUGUGCCGUGUUUGCCCUUCCAAUAGUCGCAAGCGCGAUACUAGACACCCGAUGAUGGUAAGCUUGUGGCAUUUGAAUACGCCCGAUGAAGGGGUCCGCCCGUUCGGGAUAUGGUGGUGGUUUGGUGGAUGUCGCUGAUUGAACACCACUUAUCGUAGUCUUCCAGUGGACCAGUCCGGCGCAACCGUGUGCAGUAGGUCCCUCUCGACGACAGCGCUGCACGGCCCAUUCGUUGCGCUACCGGCGGUCGAGAAAGUUGGAUGUUUGAAGGUACAUCCGUCGUGAAUCCGUGGUCUUGCGGUCGUUAGUGCUGGUGUGUUUUCUUGGGAAAACUCACGGACUCCGUUAUCUGACACUUAAGUCUUGAGUUUAAGUGCUACUUUCACGUAAGUUUGCGCAUUUGGUUUUAUAGAAACAGCUAGUCCGUUCGACGAGUGAGGCCAAAACAAGCGACAAUCGAUGGAAGUCGCAGAUAUCGAAUACUUAGAGGAACAAUAGGUGAUCGUUGAUUCUUCGAGCAACUGUCCAACACGCUUAUAGUAUCUUCAUAGAUUUAUAAAUUGUGUGCCACGGUGUAACCGAAAGUGUAUCUGUAUUCACAUUGCUGUAGUGCGCUAGAAGUGCAGUUCAUGCGACGGGUGUGCCUCUGAACGGAUUCCUGUGCAGUGGCUUUCCGAGGGUGGUUGUGGUGCGGUGCGGUGUCCGUGACACAUAAGUGUGUAGUCAACUGAUUGCAACCAAUAGCAGCAGCAGCAAUUUGUCCAGAAUUUGUAGAAGCGGUUGAAGGCAAGCAAAGAAACGGCAGCAUAAUCAAAAUGCCUUCGGAUGAAGGCAACACCUCCAACCAGUCGUCGAGUGGUGACACGAAGCGCAAAGUCAGCAUCAUUACGGAACCCGUCGUGGAGCGCCUUGGACACGAAAAUCUGGGAUUCGAGCAGAACAAACGAAAGAUAUCACAACAAUCGCAUCACUCCGAGGAUGGACCAGUCCGACGGAAAAGUAAUAUGCACAAUAACAACUUUGAUACCGCGUCCAUUCACAGUGAUCGGUACAAUGGUGAAGCUGGCGGACGCGCCAAGAAGCAAUCCUUCUCCGAAGCCUUAGGCAAGAUCGAACGGGACUACGAUAACUCGCGGCUGGAGCAAUCGUGGAUUUACUCGUUAUGUAUGCGAUGCCGCGUCGAGUACACAACGCCUUCAUGGGAACCUCCAGGCUGGCAGAAGGUGUGCCCCUAUCCAUUGUGCCCGUCUUACCGACAGUUUGCCAGAAUCCUGUCCAUCAUUCUUAUAGGUGUGUUACUCUGGGUGACGGCAUACGUUAUCAUUGGUGAUACUGCCGCCCCCGGUGGGCAGCUGUUCCAGCUGGUCGUUCUUACAGUGGCCGCUAACUUUGGUGGAUUCAUCAUCUCGCUUACGACGCUUCCACGGUUGAUAGGAAUGCUGCUAGUUGGAAUACUAUUUCAGAACGUAGGAUGGGUUAAUCUGGAUGGAGAUUUCCAAAUCGUGACCGCCGAGCUACGCAAACUGGCACUGGUCAUCAUUUUGGUCCGUGCUGGUCUCGAGAUGGAUCCGACCGCGUUCAAGAAGAUCUACAAAACCAUCCUGAAGCUUGGCCUCAUCCCGUGGUUCGUCGAGUGUUCGCUGAUUGCGGUCUGCGCCCGGUUCUUCCUGCAACUUCCAUGGAUGUGGAGCAUCCUGCUCGGUUCGAUUGUCGGAGCCGUUUCACCAGCUGUGGUCGUUCCUUGCCUGUUUCGGCUUCGAACCAAGGGUUACGGUGUGGUGAAAGGCAUCCCUACGCUGAUUAUUGCUGUUGCCGGUAUUGACGACGCGGUGUCGGUCGCUGGAUUCGGCAUCAUCUCAAGCAUCAUGUUUAGCACGCAGAGCUUGGGUUUGCAGAUUGCCCAGGCUCCGGUUUGCAUUAUCGGUGGGCUCGGUUUUGGCAUCGUUUGGGGAUUCCUGUGCAAGUAUGUACCAGAACCGGGUGAUGCUUAUGUGGUACCUAUUCGAACGCUGAUGCUUUUCGGUGGAGGACUGCUGGCCGUAUUUGGCAGCGAGAAGAUCCAUUUUGAAGGGGCCGGCCCUCUGGGUGUGGUGUUUGCUGCCUUCACUGCCUCGUACUUCUGGUGUGGCCAGGGAUGGGAGCUCGAGGAUAAUCCCGUCUCAACGGCAUUCGAAAUCUUCUGGAUGAUCUUCGAGCCCAUUUUGUUUGGUAUUACCGGAGCUUCGAUCAAGAUUGCCGAACUGGAUCCUCACAUUGUGUCGAUCGGUGUUGGAAGCAUUUACGUGGUGGCAAUUAUGCGAAUCCUUACGACGGUUGCUAUUGCAUUUGGCGAUAAACUGAACGUUAAAGAAAAGAUUUUUGUAGCAAUCUCGUGGAUGUCGAAGGCUACGGUGCAAGCUGCAUUGGGGCCAGUUGCACUGAAAACGGUAAUGUUGAACGAAAAUCGAACGGAGGAAGAAGUGCACUAUGCCGAGCUGGUGAAAAUGAUUUGUAUAUUGAGUAUCAUUCUAACUGCUCCACUUGGUGCAAUUCUCAUUUCGGUGACUGGCACAAAGUUGCUGAAGAAAACCAAACAACAGCUCGAACCGAUGGAAGGUAAUGCUGGCUGGCGAAGAAGUCACCGCCCGUCUUUGCACGAUAUCAGCAUCAUCGACGAGGAAGAAGAACGGGAAGACAUCGAGGGUAUUGCAGAUGAAGAUACGGCCGCCAACACUCUUUCGAAUGCCCAGCCAGCCUCGGCUUUCACCAUUACAAAGUAGUGAACUACGAGCUAGAGUGUCACGUGAGCUGCUUCUUUUCACGUUGUAUAAUCUAGGAUAAUGAAAGUUACUACUAUCGAAUGUGAAGAGACAGCAAGGCGAUUGUAAGUUCUUUUGUAGUUUUUAGAUUUAGGAUCGAGGCGAGUAUUGCUGAAGUUACAGUAGGACACGAUAAAAAAGUGGCGAAGUUGGAUGACUUUGCUCGUUCGUAGCUUUCUGAUCCUGUUGUAUGAAAUAAUCUUAAAUAGUUACGAUCAACUACAUCGCGAUUUUUCAAAAGUAAACGAAUUUUUAGAAACAAUAAUCACAAUCAUUCCGAUAGCUGUAUAUACAGCAAUCGCAUCUGUGGUUCCGCAUGUUCUAUCACAUGGUUCUACGAUACCCCCAUAGUUGUGGGCACUGAAAGGAUGGAAAUUAACGAUAGUUAGCCAGAACUAUACAUAGUCUGGAACGAACGUAUGACCAUUGAGAUCGAUUAGCAGUGAUAUUUCUUGAGUGCGUGUAUGUUAAAUGCGAAUGUUACCUUGGCAAGGGAAUCGAGUUUACUCGCAAGCGCGGAAAUAGUGUAGCUCACUGUUAAAGCUCAUAAUACUUAUUAAACUGUAUGAAAUA